AUGUGGUAUGGAUGGGGCGUAGAUUAUGGGGGAGGAAGACUGGGGGGGAAGACUAGGGGGAAGACUGGGGGGGAGACUGGGGGGAAGACGAGGGGGGAGACUGGGGGGAAGACGAGGGGGGAGACUGGGGGGAAGACUGGGGGGAAGACGAGGGGGGAGACUGGGGGGAAGACGGAGUCAAAUGGGCAGCGAGUUGAACGUGGCAGUGGACAGCCAAAAGGCCUCAGUGGGGAAUCCCAAAAUCAAAAAACGCGUAUCGGGAACCACCUAACCCCCUCCCUCAACGUCCUAGAGGCCACAAAAGCCCACAUCCAGGGCGAAUGCCACCUAGAGGCUACAAGGAGAGCCCACGAGAGGCCACCUAGAGGCCACAAGGAGAGCCCACGAGAGGCCACCAGGAGAGCCCACGAGAGCCCUCAAGGAGAGCCCAAGCAAACUAUACCUCCCUCCCCCGCCGCCUCGCCUCGCCCGGCCCUCUCGCCACCACCGCCGCGCCGCGGCAACUCUUCACAUGAUAUCCCCAUAACCGUAAACCCACGGCAAUACCUAAAACCACGGCGAUGGGCGAUGGCAAUCCCAAUGUCUCGCCACCCGGACGCCACCCUCGCCUCCCCGCCCCUCGUCAACAUCCUCGUCGACAUCCCUAAAGGCGUAACUCCAAUCCAUUAA